AUGCGGUCAAAUAACUUCAUAGUGGCACACGGUCAUUUCAGAUUGUCGCAAACACUGAUGCACAUCGACAAUUUGAUAUGGAUUGUUAUCGAGGAUUCUGCCACAGAAAGCAGUCAUAUCAGGCGUUUGCUGAAGCGCAGUAGACUGCCUUUUUGUUACAUGGCGGUCGAACGCGAUCGAAGUCUCCCAGUGCGAGGAUGGACUGCGCGAGAGUUUGCGUUGAGACUUUUGAAGGAACGAUUCAGAAAUUUCGGCGAUCGUGCCGUCGUUUACUUCGCUGAUGACGAUAACUCGUAUGAUGUGCGACUUUUUGAUGGGUACAUACGUAACGUUGAAACCGUUGGAGUGUGGGCUGUAGGUCUUGCUGGAAAGUCAGCUGUAGAAGCUCAACAAGUGGAUUUAAACGGAAAUGUUGUUGGAUGGCUUACGCAAUACGCACCAAAGCGUACCUGGGCAAUCGAUAUGGCCGGUUUUGCAAUCAAUUUGAAGUUGAUAUUAUCGAAUAAUGCAACAUUCCGAAAUUGCCGACAUUCAUCACCGGAGCCGUGUCUCCUCUCAACGCUCAACAUUCGAAUGUCCGAUCUGCAACCUUUUGGUCAUCUGAAUGAACCACGCGAUAUCUUGGUUUGGCAUACAAAAACACUGGUGGAGAUCAAUAAACCUAAUGCUAAAACUUAUGGUUAUGUAGUGGAGAGUUGA